CGAAGAUGUCGGGUCGAGGCAAGGGCGGCAAAGGGCUCGGCAAGGGCGGCGCCAAGCGGCACCGCAAGGUCCUGCGCGACAACAUCCAGGGCAUCACGAAGCCCGCCAUCCGGCGCCUGGCCCGGCGCGGCGGCGUCAAGCGCAUCUCGGGGCUCAUCUACGAGGAGACCCGGGGCGUCCUCAAGGUGUUCCUGGAGAACGUGAUCCGGGACGCCGUCACCUACACCGAGCACGCCAAGCGCAAGACCGUCACGGCCAUGGACGUGGUCUACGCGCUCAAGCGCCAGGGCCGCACGCUCUACGGCUUUGGGGGCUGAGCGCGCCCCCGCCACACCCCCCCCCAAAAGGCCCUUUUCAGG